AUGGUACAUAAAGAAUUUGGAGAUAUUUUUAAGAGAUUUGUGUAAAUUCCUAUUCUAAAAAAUACAUAUGCUGAACAUUUUUAUUUAGCAUUUUAAUAUCUUCCAGGACAUGCAUUAGAAAGGAAUUCAAAUCAUUUGGUUUUAAGAUAUAAAGUACCAUAAAAUAUAAUGAAUAUGAAUGGAUCAGUUCAUGGAGGUGCAUUAGCUACUAUAUUAGAUUGUGCAACUACUAUAGCUAUUUUGAGAGGAGAUAAAAAUCUAUCAAGAACAGUCAGGUAUUAUCAUAUUAUAUUUAAGUAUUGAAUUAGGUUUAUCAUUUAUAAGUCCAGCUAAAUUAAAUGAUUCUUUACUUAUACAUGCAGUUUGUCAAAAAGUAGGCAAAAAUAUAGCAUAUUCAGUUUGUGAUAUUUAUGAAGAACAUGAUAUGAAAUUGGUAACAACAGGUAGACAUAUAAAAGCAGUUUUAUCUGGAACAUUUUUUGAUUCAGAUUUCAAAAAAAUUUCAUGAAAAUUUAUUUAUUAUCAUUAUGAAACCUUACA